CGCCUCUGCCGCCGCCGAGAGUAGGAAGCGCGAGAGCCGGGCGCCCGGCUGUCAGUGAGCGUGGGGCCAGCCAGCGAGUGAGCGGCUCCGCUCCGCGCCGCGCCGCGCCGCUCCGCCCGACUCUCCCCGGCCGCCGCCGCCGCCGCCGCCGCCGCGCCUCCUCACAGGGACCGCCGCCGCCGCGCCCCUCGCCCCUCGCCGGGGUCGCCCGUGCCCCGCCGCUCCGCCCCCGCCCGCCCACCCGGCCCUCCCGGGCUGCAGCUCCCCGGCGGCGGCGGCAAGAGGUGGUUGGGGGGGACCAUGGCUGACGUUUUCUCGGCCAACGACUCCACGACGCCUCUGGACGUGGCCAACCGCUUCGCCCGCAAAGGGGCGCUGAGGCAGAAGAACGUGCACGAGGUGAAGGACCACAAAUUCAUCGCCCGCUUCUUCAAGCAGCCCACCUUCUGCAGCCACUGCACCGACUUCAUCUGGGGGUUUGGGAAACAAGGUUUCCAGUGCCAAGUUUGCUGUUUUGUGGUUCACAAGAGGUGCCAUGAAUUUGUUACUUUUUCUUGUCCGGGUGCGGAUAAAGGACCCGACACGGAUGACCCCCGGAGCAAGCACAAGUUCAAAAUCCACACCUACGGGAGCCCCACCUUCUGCGACCACUGUGGGUCGCUGCUGUACGGGCUCAUCCACCAGGGGAUGAAAUGCGACACCUGCGACAUGAACGUGCACAAGCAGUGUGUGAUCAACGUGCCCAGCCUCUGCGGGAUGGACCACACGGAGAAGAGGGGCCGCAUCUACCUGAAGGCGGAGGUCACGGACGAGAAGCUCCACGUCACGGUACAAGAUGCGAAAAACCUAAUCCCCAUGGACCCAAAUGGGCUUUCAGACCCAUACGUGAAGCUCAAACUCAUUCCCGAUCCCAAGAAUGAAAGCAAACAGAAAACCAAGACCAUCCGCUCCACACUGAACCCCCAGUGGAACGAGUCCUUCACGUUCAAAUUGAAACCUUCGGACAAAGACCGGCGGCUGUCCAUAGAGAUCUGGGACUGGGACCGGACGACCAGGAACGACUUCAUGGGGUCCCUUUCCUUCGGCGUUUCGGAGCUGAUGAAGAUGCCGGCCAGUGGAUGGUACAAGCUGCUGAACCAGGAAGAAGGGGAGUACUACAACGUGCCCAUUCCCGAAGGGGACGAGGAGGGGAACGCGGAGCUCAGGCAGAAGUUCGAGAAAGCCAAGCUCGGCCCCGCUGGGAACAGAGCGUACGGCCCCUCGCCGGACAGGAGACUUUCCAACAACCUGGACCGCGUGAAGCUCACCGACUUCAACUUCCUCAUGGUGCUGGGAAAGGGCAGUUUUGGGAAGGUGAUGCUGGCCGACAGGAAGGGCACGGAAGAGCUCUACGCCAUCAAGAUCCUGAAGAAGGACGUGGUGAUCCAGGACGACGACGUGGAGUGCACCAUGGUGGAAAAGCGCGUGCUGGCCCUGCUGGACAAGCCCCCGUUCCUGACGCAGCUGCACUCCUGCUUCCAGACCGUGGACCGGCUGUACUUCGUCAUGGAAUACGUCAACGGCGGCGACCUCAUGUACCACAUUCAGCAAGUAGGGAAGUUUAAGGAGCCACAGGCAGUAUUCUAUGCAGCAGAGAUUUCCAUCGGGCUCUUCUUCCUUCAUAAAAGAGGCAUCAUUUACAGGGACCUGAAGUUAGACAAUGUCAUGCUGGACUCGGAGGGGCACAUCAAGAUCGCCGACUUCGGGAUGUGCAAGGAGCACAUGAUGGAUGGCGUCACGACCAGAACCUUCUGUGGGACCCCAGAUUACAUCGCCCCAGAGAUAAUCGCUUAUCAGCCGUACGGGAAGUCUGUGGACUGGUGGGCCUAUGGCGUCCUGUUAUAUGAAAUGCUGGCUGGGCAGCCUCCGUUCGACGGUGAGGAUGAGGACGAGCUCUUCCAGUCCAUAAUGGAGCACAACGUUUCUUACCCCAAAUCCCUGUCCAAGGAGGCCGUCUCCAUCUGCAAGGGACUGAUGACCAAGCACCCGGGCAAGCGGCUGGGCUGCGGGCCCGAGGGCGAGCGGGACGUGCGCGAACACGCCUUCUUCCGGAGGAUCGACUGGGAGAAGCUGGAGAACAGGGAGAUCCAGCCGCCCUUCAAGCCCAAAGUGUGCGGCAAAGGCGCGGAAAACUUCGACAAGUUCUUCACCCGCGGGCAGCCCGUGCUCACGCCUCCCGAUCAGCUGGUCAUCGCUAACAUCGACCAGGCCGACUUCGAAGGGUUCUCGUACGUCAACCCCCAGUUCGUGCACCCCAUCUUACAGAGCCCCGUAUGAAGCUCGCCUGCGACCACAAACGCCCCCCCCCGCCCCCGCCCCGCCCCACCCCUUCCCCGCCGCGGGACAUGACCGCCACCCUGACACUGCGAGGCCCAGGCCUCCCUUCUCGUUCCAGACGGAGGCCAGCAAGACCCUCCGGUGGUUAGUCCACACGUGACCUCUCGGAGGUCAGGGCCUCUCUCUGAGAACCAAGAACCGUAUCUUAGCGGAAGAGAACCAGAGCUCCGUGUCCAGUCUCAUCAUGGUGUAGAGGCCGCCUCCGGCCGCAGGGUCCCCUUCCUGGAAAGCAAACAGACUCUUGCCUCUUUUUGGUACGAUUUGAUAUAUUUCCCCCUCCCGUCCUGUCCGUCGGCGUUCACCAUCAGCAUCCUGCCCCCUCACCCCCACCCCAACCAGAGAUGCGGGCUGGAUAGGGCCCCACCCACCCAGGCGCCUUGGGAAGGAGCCGGGACCCCCGAGAGGAGAGGAGAGGGCGAGCCGGGAGGGUGGGGAAGCUGUUCCGUUCCCAGGGCUUCCAUCAAGGUCGCUGGUGCAGAAGAAACGCUGCUGGCUGGCCCUGGAGAGCAAGUUUGUUUCCAGGGACUUAGCCUGGUCCUCACAGAGCAGCUCCCAAAUGCCAGCAGCAUCCUCACCAGCUGUGUCCUGCGUGGGAGUGGCUGAGCCCAAACCACCCACCUGCCCUGGAAGCCAGCGGGUCACACCUUCUCCCCCGGGCGCCGCCAAGCACAGGGCACAGGGCAGCCGGCGAGGUUGGGGGAGUCACCAAAACUAACAGUGGCCCCCGCCUGAUCCCACUUGGCAAGGGGAGUUUGAUUUCUGUUUUUAGGGGGUUUUGCUGGGAUUUACUUUCUCUCUGCUGCAGAGAGGAGAAAGCAAGCGUCUUACGUUUUUAGAAGAAGCAGGAAGUCACUGCCCCUGACAGUCCUUCUCUCACUUGGGUCUUGCAUGCGCCGUUCACGCCAUUUCCCCGUUUCUCUAAAACCCGGCGAGGGGGGAGUGCUCCCCCACCGAGCACACCAAAUCAUCGGGAUCUCGACACAGGUGGGCGCUGAGCCAGGGCCCUCCAGGGCUGGGGGAGCAGCGACUGCCGACAGGUUGUGGAGGAAGGGGACAGGGUUGUAGGGCCUGCGCCCCAGCCUGACAGCGAGCUGGGAAGUAUUUUAAACACCUUCUUCUCAAGUGCUCGGGUGGCAGGAAACCGGGGAAGGUUCCCUGAGGUGGACAUGGAUGAAAGCCGUUGUCACGGUGACCACAGCCCCGUGAAUUCUGUGAUGCCCUGGACCCUGGGAGGGUUCCCUGUGCCUCUGCCUGUGAGCAAGUGCCCGUCAGUCACCCUGGAGGCAGGACUCGGUCAUCCAACAGCCUUACGACGCCCCUACACUAAGGCCCACGGGUUCCAAAGACCUUUUUUAAAAAACCUUAAGACAUUAACUCCACGAGAACAACUGGGCGUGCUGGGCUCUUUGUACUUUUUUAUAGAGAACUUUAAUAACUCCAGCCUUCUUUUAAAAUGAGUUUUUAAAAUAAAACCACUGACAAUUUGAUAAGACUCCCAUCACGCGCUCCCUGCGAGGGCCCAGCGGUGGGCAGCUGGAGCAGCCCCCACCUGCACUCCCAUGCGACCUCCUCAGAAUGACAGAAAGUCCAGGUGGAGCAUCUGGCAGACGGACACUCUCCGAAUUUGUCACAGACCCUGGGGACAGCCGUCUACGACCUAGGAACUCAUAGGCCCUCAAAAGAUGGCUUCCUUGUCCCUCUCCAGAUGCAGCCCUCGGAUAGCUCCCAGGGUCCCUGAGCCUUCUCCUUGCUCUGCAUGGCUCUGAGACCACCCUUUGGCGGGAGAGAGGAUGCUUCCUCAGCUCUGUCUCCAGUCCCCGGGGGUCCCCAGGCCCCUCACACUCGGUGAAACGUCAGAGAUGUCCCCUAGGGACUCUGCUCACCGGGCAGCUCAGACACAGGUCAGCAUCCCUGAGAAGGAAGAGGCAGCACCUGGUGCCCCGGCUUUGUGCAAAGUCCUUUCCUGUGUGCGUGGACAGGGCCCCCCUUUUCAGAAAAUAACUAUCCAGUCCACUUUAUAAGAACCUUUUCUUCUACGAUAAGACAGAGGGUGGCUUCGCGCUUUCAGACUAGACAGCGGCGUCCACGUCUCCCCUGCGUAACCCUGGAGGGGUGCCGGGAGGGUCCGCAGCGUGUGCUGAUGCCCCUCCCGGGAGAAUCCGUUCUUUCCCCGCGGGGGCCAGUGGGCACGAAGUCACCCAUGAAGACGGUAAUCCUUUUAGGUCCAAAGGGUCUAAAAACUCACCUCGUAUUCCCUUCUCUUAGGGUAUUUCAGAAUAACUUUUCUAGAUGGUCAGAAACAUUUGAAAUCAUUGCUUUUGCUACGUAAUUUCAUGUGUGUGUGUGUGUGAAGGACCUGCCAUGUGUGAAGCGUUCAUUGGAAACCGUCGCGUAAGACCCCAGGUUCGCGUGAAGGAGGAAGACAGAGAAAGGGGCAGAGGUUUCUCUCUUCUGUAUCAGCACCUGCCGACAGCUGUAGGCCGUCCGCUGCCUGCUGGCACUGGGGGUAUCGCGGGCGAGAUGAAUGUACAAAUUACUGCAUUGCUUUCCUCGAUUCAUAUGACCUCUAACCUUUGUUUGCAUGACAUGCUUUGUUAGGUACAUUAUUAAGUGUGUAUGAAUAAAUAUAAUGAUCAUUCCUU